AGGCUGAUGAAAGUCCGUUUCCAGCAAAGAACAUGCUUUGGGGAAAUCGAAACUGACUUAGUCUUGGGGAGGGGAGAAUGGAAAGCGAGACAAGACGCGAAGGGAAGGGCUUUUCCCCGGCCGGAUGCAGGUGGAACUGACUUCCACGUAAGCAGCGAGGCUCGAACCAACUUCGCACAAGGUACGAAGGGACAAGGCGCAAGGCAAAGCGUCUCCUGCAGCGUUGCGAGCCGUGGGACUGGAAUAAGAAGGCAUUACCUGUGAAAUGACACAGUAUUCCUCAAAGGAGCUCAUUUUCGCAAACUUACUGGUGGCUAUGAAUAAGGAAGAAAAGGACAGCAAAAUGUACCACUGUUUAAGCUGUGCUCUAGAGAUGCUCCAGAAGGAGCCUCCGUGUGUGAGAAGCAAUGCUCGCCUUAGCAUUUCUGAUGGACACACUCUGAAGGAGUUCACCUCUGGUGAUGGAGAGUGUACAAUCACCAUCUUCCACAAUCAAGGGAAAAUCCAGUAUGACGUCUUUGUGCCCACCUGGGAGAUGUACCUUUCUCGCCUUUGCUCUGGCUCACAGCCCCUCAGCCUUGGGAAUAUCCUCAGCAUACGGAGCCAUCUUCAUAGCUGGGGUUCGUCUAGGCCAGGGUUCUCUUCUUUGGCCUGCUUUGACCGAGCAGCAGAACGAUUUUCCAUGGAACCGGAAAUCAUCAAACGAGAUGCUGAGAUGCUUGUCGAGUGUGCUGGGAAGGUGGUGAAGUUCGUCUCUGGCCAGGGAAACUGCAAGAUUUCUGUCUUCUUCAGACAAGGUGAGCCUGAGUACCUUCUCCAGAUAAACAACUUGGAUGUAGCCAUGGAGCGCCUGAGAACUGGAACAGAACCGUUGAAUUUGGAGAAUUUGUGGAAGGUGAGGGACAUGCUGGAUGCACCAGAAUGGAGACUGAUAAGGGAUUGCCUGGAUGUGGCUAUCGAUAGAUUCUGGCAGGAACCUCAGUGUGUUCAGAACAAUGCCAAGAUGCUGGUUUUCAGUGGCAAUAAGAACAUCCUGCUGAUCUCUGGGAAAGGGGAGAAUCUAAUUACGGUAACAUGUAAAUAUGGAAAGAUUGUGUACAAGUUGUCAGAGCGAGGGUGGUGGGAGGUAGCAGCCAGGGUACUGCAGAAGAAAGAAGCAACUAACCACCUCUAAGAGGGUUGGGUGUUGCCCCAUAAGAAAGCAGAAAUAGAGGAACCAGCACCUACAACAAAAGUACCACCAAAUAGCAUGUGGGGAGAGGGAACAGCUUUGACAAUCCCACUAGCACUGGGCCUGAUAGACCUGGAAGCUGGUGCCAUGUCCUGGCAAAAGGUUGAGAAAGCCCUCAUCCAGAUCAUACCUCAGCCACGAGCUAACCAGGUAAUCAUAGGCAUGCCUUCACACUUCACCUGGGUGCCCUCCCUGCAACAUGAUAAAAUAUGACUGGCCUGUGUUUUAAUUCUCAAUGAAAAACAACCUAAAGAACCAUCUUGUCCCGUAUCCAUCUGCUCAUCAGUUAAUAAGAGAGCCUUCCCAGAAUCCUCCAAAGAGGGUGGGAAUUGGCGAUGUUGAGGUGGCUUUGGGACUCCCUUCCCAGUCCCCAUCAUUACCCUCUUAUAGGUGCUGUGCUCAAGACCAUCCUAUCAUCCCAAGCUUCAAAUACCAGUGAUGGCUUUCAUAGGAUUAUAUUGCUAUUUAAUUCUGCAGGUGCUGAACUUUUAGCUUUACACUGUUAUCUUACCUUGCAGUUUGAGAGCAUGCACAUGCAAGUAGAUAAAAAGGUACCACUUUGGUGGGAAGGUAACAGCUUUCCGUGCACCUUGGUGUUUAGUCAUGCCGGAGACUGUCUGCAGACAAAUGCUGGCUCCCUCGGCUAGGAAACGAAGAUGAGCACCGCCCCCUAGAGUCAGGCAUGUCUGGACUUAACGUCAAGGGGAAACCUUUACCUUUACCUUUUAUAUCUUACCAACAAAGUGGGAAACAGAAAUAUUAAAAGAAUAACAUUUAAUUAUGAUAUAAUAAUUGACUAUAAUAUGUAUCAUUCCACUCUUAAGAAGAGGUGCAUUUUAGGUACUAAAUGUACUUACUAGUCUUCUACUAAAUACUAGAAUGUAUAGGUGAAUGUUUAGAUAGAAAACUAUGAAUGAUUAGAAAGAAAAAAGCCUAUAGCCUCCAGCAUGCCCCAGUCAGUACCAUUUUCACAGCAUUCAGAUCUACCAGCAUCUCUUAAUAAAUGCAUACCGAUUGCCCUAUCAUAGUAACAACUCCUAAGCAAAGCCUUGAUAAAAAUGCCUGCUGAAGUGUAUUAUGAAUUAUUCUGGUUCAAGUAAAGCCUUUGAUCUUUAAAUACUUUCCCUGCCUUCCCUAAACCCGGACUAGCCAGACCCAAAUCACCUCUGAUUUAUCAAACAGUACAAUUUUACUGCAAAUGUUCGUUAUUUUCAAUAUAAGACGUGCAGGCAGCAGUAAUGUCAGUAUAAUGUGGGUGCCCAUAACCAAGUGAUCCGAGGUCCUGCUAGCCAGAUGCUAGUAGUUGGAAGGAAACUAGUUUUAGGGCUCUGUAUUUUUAAACCAGAAUUUGACUGGGUGGCUCUUCAAAUAAAGGAUUGCCCUCUAGCAACCCGUCAGACAAAUGGCUGACCUUUGUGGAAGGGGUCAUAUGGGUAUAUGGCUAUUGUAUCUGUGAGAUACUGCGACUGCUAGAACAUUUGCUGUCCAAAAGCAAAAGCAUUGUGCCUGUUUGCUUCCAAACUGUUGCUUUAUUCACCAUAUAUGGUUUUGUGCAGAUUGAUUAAUCACAGAACCAGUUAAAACUCCUAUGAAUUAGAAGCCUUUAAAAAUGAUGAUAAUGAUAAUAUGGGUUGCUACCAUUCCCAAUAAACAGAUUAUGCAAACAACA